CCAGCAUGACAUCAGCAAAAUAGUUUCUCUGAUAGAACCAGAGGUAUUUCAGAUAGAUACAGGAGUUACAAAAGUUUUUGUUUAAAUAAACUAUUUCAUUUUGGUUUGGAGUUUUUAUAAACUACAUUUGGGGGGGGGAAUAAUUACAAAUUAGAUACAAAAUUUAAAAGCUUAAGUUUCCUUAAGUUAGUGGUUCCCAACGUUUCCCCCUCUUGGGAGUGGUCAUAAAAUCAACUUCAGUUUUCUCUCCUAUUGGCCACCAGGUCCAUGCAGAGGGGAGGGGCAGCAAGGUACACUUGCCCCGGGCCUUGGAGGCCUAAGCCAACCAAGGAGACCUCACCAGGGGCCAGCUGGUGCAAUGGGCAUAACAAGCAGAGCAGCUUGCUAUUGGGGCUGCUGUCAUUGUGCUAUUUUGGGAAGCAUUUUCUCCCUUCUUACCAACUAUAGCACCAUUCAUGCUGUGGAAGUGGAAUGUAUGGGUCUGGGGUCUGCAAGGCCUGAGCCUAUUUGUAUCUUAACACAACAUCUCCCACUGGAGUGUAAAAAAGCAGAGUCAGCAUGAAGGAGGGUGAGACGUUGAAAAGUGAAAAGGUGAAGGGAGUAUGGAAUGGUUAUGGGGUUUUGGCCAGCACUGCUGUUUCUGGUGUUCCUUUCAAAGCUAAUCUCUUGUGGUCUCUCAUGAACCAAGUUGUGGCAACAUUGCCAUCCAUAUAGAAGCUGUUACGUUCCAGAACAUCUGAGCAGAACAUCAAUCAGCACAGAAGCAAAUGUGGUUGAUGGGGUCUUCCCCAAUGCAACUGUCUUGCUUCAGUAAGUAGAAUCUUGAAUUAACUUUUACCCUAAUCACAACAAUAUGGCUUGAUUUUUCUCCCACAGAGCUUCACAAAAGAACAAGCCAGGCUGCUGCCCCAAAAGUUGCCCUAUGCCAUUUCUGGGAAUAUGGACCUAAGAAGAGCCUGCUGGAUCAGGCCAAUGAGCCAUAUACUGCAGCAUCCUCUUGUCAUCGUGGCCAACCAGAUGCCUGUGGGAAACACGCAAGCAGGAUUCAAGCAUGAGCAACUCGCCCCUCAUGUGGCUUUGCUGCCUCCCAGCUGCAAAGGCAAAGCAUAGCCAUCAUGGUUCAUCGCCGCUGAUGGUAAGAGCUGUUUGACAGCUGAACUGUCUCCCUUGGGAGGUUGUGGGUUCUCCUUCCUUGGAGGUUUUUAAGCAGAACCAUCUGUCAUGGAUGCUUUAGCUAAGAUUCCUGCAUUGCGGGGGGGGGGGGGGCUUCCAACUCUACGAUUCUGUGAUAGCCCUCUCCUCCAUGAAUUGGUCCAAUCCUCUCUGAAAGCCAUCUAGGUUGGUGGCCAUGACUGCCUCCUGUGGCCAAUGAAAAACACCUUUUGAAAUGAUAUAUAAUGAAUUGAAAAGGAUGUUAAAAAUAAUGUUUGUAAAAAAAACAAACCCAGCAGCUUUUCUUUUGGGAGUUAUAGGGACAGAACUACCUAAACUGUACAGAAACUUAUUGAUGUAUGCUACUACAACGGCAAGAAUGUUACUUGCCUAAACAUGGAAAGAAGCAGAAGUCCCAGCAAAGGAAGAACAGAUACAAAAACUUAUGGAAUAUGCAGAAAUGAAGAAACUUACCAGAAGAAGAAGAAAUCAAGAUAACAAACUUUUUAUAAAAGAAUGGAAAUGGUUUAUUGAAUAUUUACAGAUAAAUUGUAAACAGAUAAGAACAUUGGCAGGAUUAUUGUAAUAACCUGCAGUUUUAUAAGAGUAUAUAUUUAAAGUAGAUGAAUAAAUGAGCAAAUUAAGAUAAUUUGGAUAUGCAGAAGAUAUAAAAAAAAUUUAAGGAACCGCAGAAAGAGGGGGAAGGAAGUCAGGUUUUGAAAUGUUAAAAUGAUGGUAAAAUUAGUGAAAUGUAUAAACCUGAAAAGCAUAAAGAAAAUUAAAAAGAAAAGACCUCUGUAUCCUUUCCAAGGGAGAGACCCCCUUCCAGUCAUUCAGUGUGCAGCAUAUGUUGCAGGACUGCAACUCCCACCAUCCCUGGCUAUACUGGCUCAGAUAUUUUGGAGCCCAACGACGCCUGGAGCUCCACGGUUUCCCCAUCUGUUUUCCGCAAAAUCCCUAGAGCUGCUCAGGUUGCAGCUCUGAGCCUAAAUGCUGUGCCGUCUCUGCCGCCGCAAGGUUCAAGCAGUGCUGGAUUUACGUAUAAGCUAAACAAGCUAUAGCUAUAGCUUAGGGCCCCCUCUCUUGGGGGGGGGGGUGGCAAAAAAAUUCAAGGAAAAAAACCUGGAUGUACAUUUCCUAAUAUAAGAUAAAAAAUAAUAAUAAUAAAACGUCCAUACAGCAUCAGUGUUUUGUGUUGUGUAGGCUCCUAUGAUGUAAGUAAUGGGCCCUGCCCGCUCCCUAAAAUAUCACUGGUUUGCUCAUGUCUAUAUAUAGGGUGCCUACAUUCUGCAUGGACUGGUUGCAUGACAACAUGUACAAAUGGCUUUAGAUACCUAUUAGGUCCAGAAAUUACCAUAUAGCAUAUAGAAAACAGCGACAAUUUGUUGUUGACAAAGGCCAGCUGGACAUCUAAAGGACCCCAUUACCUUCAGUAGCUUUGGGCCUCAUCAAACCUAAAUCCGGCCCUGGGUUCAAGCGGAGGCCUCGCGACCCGCACGGCGGCGCCGCCGCUUCCUUGGGUUAAAACCUGGGCAGUCUACCUAAACAAGGGGCGGGCCCGGGGAAAAGGAGGAACUGGGAGAGGCCUCGCGGCCGGCCGGCUCGCCUUUGCAGGCGCGCCAGCAGCAGGAAGCGGUGCUUGUUCCUCCUCGCGCAGGCCGCCGGCGAUGGAGUUCUCCGAGGAGCAGCUGAGGAAGUGGCUGAGCAAGGCAAGGCAGGCGGCGGCGGGAUGGGCGGGCGCGGGCGCUCCUCUCCGCGCGCCUGGUGGACGGCCCGAGGGAGCGACUCCCCCCGGCUUCCCAUGGGCGCCGCUUUGCCGUCGAGUCACUCGGGAUGUCCCCGGUUAAGACGCUGUUGCAAGCUGCCUGCCUGCUCACCACAAGUUAUAUGGGGUUGCAACAUGGCCGUGGCUGAGGGUGGCUCUUUAGACUGCCGAAAUAUGUGUGCCAACGCUGCCGGCAGGGAUGUAAGCAAGGCCUCAUCGUAGGGUGCAUUUAGGGCACAGGCUUCUGCGUGCAGCGCUCCUAGGUCAGCUGCCCUAGAAAUGCAGAACUUGCUCCUUGACGCAGGAUGUAGGGAUCUCUAGAAACCUACCGCACAUCAGCCCUGGUUGUCAUUCAGGAGGAUCACAGGUUCCCCAUCUCUGCUCUAGCAGCAGAAUCCUGCGUAUGUUGGCUCGGAAGGCAGCCCAGUCUUCCGUGUGUUAAAUACGUGUAAUCUGUGUUGCAAUUAUGAUGGCAAGAAUGUUUGGAAGGUGAGUUCAAGCCAUGGCUGCCAGUGAAGAACUGGGAGUGCGCUUAGAGUCAUCUGACAUCAAGUGACUGACAGCUCUUCAUACCUGUUCAACUAGCCCUGUGGAGUAAGGUUACCAGAUUUUUUUCAAUGAAUCCGGGGACACUUUUAAACUUCAGUCGAAUUUAGUGGAUUUUGUCAGGGGACUGAUUUGUAAAUCUGGGAACUGUCCCCAGGAAAUGGGGAUGUCUGGUAACCUUACUGUGGAGGGUUUGCCAGUUCUGGAUCUGACCCGAUUCGAUUCCCCACCUCUGCUUUACAUACUUAAAAGUGUUGUGUGUGUGAGAGAGAGUUUUAAAGAACAAAUGUGAGCAGAAUUUUAUCUAUAGUGCUUUAACUCAAUGCACAUCCGAAAAGGUACUGCUAACAAAGGUGUAAUUAAAGGAAGGUGCAGUCAUUCUAAUAAGUGCAGAUCUACACAGCAUGAGUUUCACAUGGGAAUGGGCUGUAUUGAUACUGAAGCGAAUUACGGUAGGUUUCCGGUUCAGAAGAAUUAGUGGUUUAGACUUCCAAUUUCAGCUGUGAAGCUAAAUUGCUUAAUAACAAUGACAAGUUUUAAAGGCAGGGUGCAUCAAUAUAAAAUUGCUUAAAAGAAUAAAAUUGUACUUGUUCUCUCUGCAGUAUAAAUUCCGAGAUCUGACCAUAGAAGAACUGAAGAGCGUACAUGAGUUGUACCCAAACACCACAUUUGCCAUGAAUACCUACAGUAAGAGUAACGUCUAUUAUUUUGGCCCAUUGGAAAAAUGAUUGUGUGAGAAUGUCGUUUUGUAUAUAAAAGUUUGAAUAGUAGUCAAUGCAAGUAAGGAAUUCAACUCCAGUUACUUAUGUUCGUUAUUCACAAUAUUACCUACAGCACAAUCCUAUGUAUGUUUACUAGAAAGUAAGCCCGCAGUAUUCAGUAGGGCUUACUCCCAAGUGAGUGUGCUUUCACCUUGUGUAAAUUUUUUAACCUUCAACAGUUGUCAGGCAUCCCCAAACUUGGCCCUCCAGUUGUUUUGGAACUCCCAUCAUCCCUAGCUAACAGGACCAGUGGUCAGGGAUGAUGGGAUGAUAGUCCCAAAACAGCUGGAGGCCAAGUUUGAGGGUGUCUGAGUUAAGUAAUCACUUUACUGUUGCUCCUUUAUGAAGUUUGGGGUGGUAGAGUGAGCUUUGUAUUGGUUUGCUGCUAUUUGCUGCCAGAAAGGAAAAUAAAGCAAAUAGCAGCAAACCAAUGAAGUUGUUUUGUUUUCCUUUCUGGCUGUAUUGUAUUUUACAUGCUCUUUUUAUUUUGCUGUCAUAAUUUCUUUGUUGUUUUAAAAAGACUGGUGGUGUAUAAACGUUUAAAAUAAUGAGUUAUCUGGCUCUGAUAUCAGAUGUUAAUAAAGCAGUAUUAUCAAUAACAAAAUAAUGACAAAAAUUUAAAGAUGGUGGGGAUGUGCCACUUACAUGAGCUCCCUCUGGCUGUGUCCUGCUGCAUACUGAGAUAGAGAGGGGAAGGGCAGUACCAACUUGCUGGCAGGAAUGCCGGAUACACUCCGCCAGUGCAUUUGCACCGUGCCAACCUUAGCAGCGCCUUGCCCCCCCUCCCUCUGUCACAGUACACAGCAGCUGUGCAAACAGAGAAUGCUCAUGUGAGAAGGGCAGUCUCACUGUGCUGUCUGCUACUGAAAAAAUGUAAUCUAUACAUGCAUACAAAUUAAUGUUCUGAACUUUAGCUUUUAAGGAUGGUUCCCAGAAAGACCUUUUGAAUUGUAGUGGCACUGUUCCAGUGAAAUACCAGGGUAAGUUGUUCACUAUGUUUUUGUUUGCUACCUAAUAAUACAUUGGGACUUGCAAGUGGAAUGGGAUGUUUGGGGUGGGAUAGUACCUCUGGUGGGUGACACAUCAUGCUCCCUCUGGGGAAGUUUGUCCACCUUUGGUUCCCACCCUUUACUCAUCUUUCAUCUGUGGCUCCUACAAGCUGUCAGCAUGUGACAGCAACCACACCCCAGGAAACAGCUUUGACUGGCCGGGUAACCAUGUGAGGACAUGCGAAGCCAGGCUGCAGUGGAUUGAGCAGCCAAGACCAAUAGUGGCUCUUAAAACCACAAUAGAAUAUAUAUAUAUAUAUAUAUAUAUAUAUAUAUACCACAAUAGAAUAGACUAAAACAACUUAAAACUCAUACAAACUCUCUAAACAAGAACGUCUUCAGCAGGCACUGAAAAGAAUACGGUGACACCGCCUGCUUGAUAUCAAUAGUAUAUCUUUUGUAAGCUGCUCUGGAAAUAUUUAUAUUGAUGGGCUGCAUAUAUAUUCUUUAAAUAAGUAGAUAUAUAUUACUAAUAGAGUGUCCAAUAGCAACUCUUGUUCAAGAGUAACUACAAAAGGUCUUCCUGCUUCCAUUAUUCAGGCUGCUGAAACAAGGAGAGAUUGUGCAGAAACCAGGAGUGGAUUUUUUCCAUGUGAAAAGACUGUGAACUCAGUUCUGGCAUUUAAAAUAAAUUCCUGGACUGUAUAUGUUUGCCUUCUUAGCCUAUGGCUCCAGAUCAUGGACUUUGGGGUUCUAGUGAAAAACAAAGUACAAUAGAUCCUACAGUACGCCCACCCAUGGGUUAAAUAUCAAGUGCAAAAUUUAAGAAGUAUACAUGACCAGUCAAGGAGCAGUGGUUGUUGAUAGUUGCUUAUGUUUUGUAUUUUGACAGGUAAUUCGUACAACAUUCCAAUUUUCCUAUGGAUUUUAGAUUCUCAUCCUUUUACUCCUCCAAUCUGCUUCUUAAAGCCCACUGCAAACAUGGGGAUUUCUGUAGGAAAGCAUGUUGAUGCCCGGGGAAGGAUAUACUUGCCCUAUCUACAAAACUGGAGUCAUGUAAGGGAUGUCUGUGCAUGUCAUGUAAAAUAGUAUUAUUGCUUUACUAAAAUCGGUUUACAGUGUUUGUCUUAGUCUUAAUUUUAUGUCAUCCAUAUUGUGUACCUUAAUUGUAUAAAAACGUGCCUUUUAACAUGAGCUGUCUUCAUGCCAGAUAGGUUACACAGGCAAUGUGAGAGAAAGUAGAGGCUAUUUUAUUGGACUAGCAAAAGUAGUGUGUAUUUGUAGUCAUGGCCUGCGGGUUCUCUGUCAGCAGAGGCAUGGCCAACCAGCGUUAUUCCAGGGGCAGUGUUUUGUCUAACAGUGCCCCCAAACAAAGUGCUUUACUUUUUGAUUUUUAUGAAUGAAUGGCAAAAAUCUCACUUGCAAAGGAAAAGGCACUUGGAAUUCCCCACUGGGAUGGGUCAUGAUCCUCUUACACCUCUAUCCCUGUAAGAAAGGCCUGCUCCUUUCUGUGUAGCCCCUAUCUUGAUUCUGCUUCUCUGGGAAAAAGUUGAUAACUGGUUUAUGUAGCUAUGAAGGGGGAAAUUUGAUAAGCCCUAUACACAGUAAUUGUACAUAAAGUGCUUCAGAUUCUCAGUCCAUUUAGGCAUGUGGAGAGCUGCCCUUUUUUUUCCUUUUAAGACAUUUUUGUUCAUAGAAUGUUUGUUAUCUAAAAUUGCAGUACCAGACCACGUUAAAGGCUCUGGUACUGACAUAUAACCUCUACAGGGUUCCAUGAAAGACCACAUUGCCAUUUACAUAUCCAGUGGAUGGCUGUGUUUUAUGGGAGAGUCUCUCCUUGAAGUCUCUAAAAUAUCAGAAGCCCACAGUAGUUGAGAGCAGACAUUUCAAUGUGGCUGCCCCUGUUUUGUGGAACCAGACAGAAGGCCUUCUCAGUAGUGGCGCCCGCCCUGUGGAAUGUCCUCCCAUCAGAUGUCAAGGAAAUAAGCAGUUAACCUAUUUGUAAAAGACAUCUGAAGGCAGCCCUAUUUAGUAAAGUUUUUAAUAUUUAAUGCUGUAUUGUUUUUAAUACUUGAUUGGGAGCUGCCCAGAGUGGCUGAGGAAACUCAGCCAGAUGGGUGGGGUAUAAAUAAUAUUAUUAUUAUUAUUAUUAUUAUUAUUAUUAUUAUUAUUAUUAUGAGAUACAACAGGUGCCUGCUGCCUGUAGUUUCCAGAAACUACUGAAUACAUUUUGUUUCAAGAAGCUUUUCCAGCUGGAUUUUUCGUUCUGUUUUGUUUUAAGUCUCUGCCUUGCAUGUUUUGUUAGUGAUGUUUAGGAACCUAUUUUUAGUUGCUCUUGUUGGAGGCUUGUAAAUCGCUUUAAGACUUAUGUGAAAGGAUAUCAUAAUGAGAUGAGGAGGAGACUAAUUGUUGUUAUAUAUGUUUCAGCCGCAAUCCGUGAUCAUAGGGUUAUUAAAGGAAAUGAGCGCAAAAUUUGAAGAGGAGCUCCCUCUGUUCUCAUUAUCAUCUUCAGAUGCAGCCAGACAGUCAGAACUACUCUCUUACAUUGCAAAAAUCACUGAAGGUAUGCAUCAUCUUUGGGAAUUUGCUUGGGGUUUUCGUUUGGGAGCCAAGUUCUGUACUGUAUGCAGGAUUCAGUCAUUGAUAAACGGCGGUCAUUAAGGAACAAUAGCAAGAGAUGGCUAUCAUCCUCCCAUUAUCCCUGAAGCAUCUGGCUGGCCGUUGUGAGAAAUGGCUGAACUUUUGGUCUGAUGCAACAGGGCUCUUCUUCGGUUUGAAGUUAGCAUUCAUAUGAAGAAGGCUGUACAAUAUGUCUUUGUCCUCCACAGACCACCAUAGCUUCCAGUUAAACCUUUUUUGGUUGGUUUGUUCCAUUAGAUCCAGUCAUUUUCCAUGCAACUUCCCAAGUUGAGUGCAUUUGUUUAUAUUAAUGACUAUCUGUUAUUUUAGGUGAAGACAACAUUCAGUCCAAGGGAGAGGGAAAGAAAAAUGAUGGAGGAUUUAACAAAGUUACAGUGAUUGGAGCAGGGGAUCUGGGCCUUGCUUGUGCACUGGCUAUUUCAGCAAAGGUAUAUAUAUACUUUACGUGAAAUGACCACUGUGAUUGCUUCUGUAGUGAUUCCAAACUGGGAUAAAAUUAUUAUUCUUGAAAAUAUCUAGGAACAAACAACUAGUGCUCUAUUCUCCAUGAAGUAGGUUUAAAUUAGGAUUGGAACCGAUGGAUUGCCUAAGCAAUUAAUAGUGCCAUCUUGUGUGUCUUUAUUCAGAAGUAGGUGCCAUACGCAUUUACUUUGGAGCAGGCCUGUUGAACAGAGUGGGAUGUAUUUCUGAGUAAACCUGCAAAGGACUGUGCAUUGAGGGUCUAUUUGCAUAACUUCUCAGCACAUGGUAACCAUAGCUUUUAGUUGGCACAUGCUGUCUCAAACUGUGUAUCUUCCAAUAGCACCAACAGAAUUCAGCCUGUAUGGACUUUUAGCAGGCUAAUAUAAGCAGCUGGAAAGCUACUAGCACAGUUGCUUUCAGCAUGGAUCUGCCACUCACCUUCUGCCUUGGUGAGGUUUAGAUUGCUCUGUGAAUCUCCCAAGUAUUUUGUCAUGAUCCAGGCAUCCUACUGAUUUUUACGGGAGGGAUUUCAGUGCAUGUUUAAUGCCUGCCGAAUUAUGCCUGACCAUCUUCAGGAGAGUCUGGCUGCUGGAUAAAGCCAAAGGCCCAUUUAGUCCGGCAUCCUGCUCUCACUGUGGCCAAUGCAAUGACUAUGGGAAACCUGCAAGCAGGAUCGGAGCGGAGCAGCACUCUUCCCACUUUUGAUUCCCAGCAAUUGGGAUUCAGAGGCACGUUGUCUCUAGCGGUGGCAACUUGAUUCAAACAGACGACUGGUGUGAUGGGAGAGAAUAGCCGUUGGCUUAAAUUUAACAGCAGCUUAUGUAGAAAAUAGGGUUGUAUGUCAGCAUUUAAAGAAAUAAAUCAGAGUUGUAUUAAACCCUUUCAGAAUGCCAUUCUAUCUUUUCUCCACUGAAUAGUUACUUCUUUGCUUUCAAUUUGUACCAGGGUGUUGCUGACAGAGUGGUUGUCUUGGACUGCUCAGAAGGUACAAUGAAAGGAGCAGCUAUGGACCUGGAAAUCUUUGCCUUGCCUAAUGUGGAAAUCAGCAGAGGUAUUGUGUUGGUUUCUGAGAUGUGUGUGGUGGUUUCCCCCACCCCCCACCCCCCACCCCGUAUACUUCAAGUGAACUUUCUAUGUAAUUCUUGGAAUCGUUGGUAAGAACAUUUCACUCGUAGCAAUAAUGUCUGAAAGCACAUGAAGGCACCAUGUGAUGAAGCUAAGGAAGUUUGAGUAUAGCCAGAGCCUGGAUGUGGAGACCAUGUGUACAGAUGGCUUUCAUGAUGAAAGAAAGGCAGGAGAUAUAUAUGUGUGCGCGUAUAUAUAUAGGCAUAUAUAUAUAGACACACACAUGCCUAAGAAAUUGUGGCACAGUGCUUAUUUAGCGACUCCUUUUACACUCGUAUGGGUCGUAUCCAAAGCUUCUGUUCUGCUAACACAGCAGACUUCUGCUUGCACACUAGAACUUUCCUGUCUUCUCCUCUGCAGCACCUCUUGCAUCCUCUGGGUCGGAGGAACCUUUGGAGCAGAUUCUGAGGGCAUGUGAGGAGAGGAAAGGAAAGGAAGGGGGAGUCCCAUUGCACAAGUUGAACUCCACAUGCACAGCAUUGGAUACGACCCUGUAUCUUUAAAUAAAACAAAAGUUUACCUGUCCAGUUCAUGGACUUAAAAAAUAAUAAUGAAAUAGGUCUUAUACUCUCACCUUGACGUGUGCAGAAAUUCUUUCUUUGUGUUCUUAGAUUUUUCCGCCUCAGCAGGCUCAAAGCUGGUGGUGCUAACAGUGAAUUCUUUAGGCAAUGCUCAGUCCUAUCUGGAUGUUGUACAGAGCAAUGUUGAACUGUUCAGAGGCAUCAUUCCUUCAGUAGCACAUUAUAGCCAACAAAGUGUACUACUUGUGGCUUCUCAACCAGGUAUGGCAGCGCUUACCUUUUCAUGAUUUAUUGCUCCCUGGAUAUAACGUGCUUUGUCAUGAAUAUUCUCGUACUUAAUAAACCUAUUUCUUUACAGAGACUUCAGGGUGUUCUCUGUUUGCUCUCUUGUGGUCAAGUAUUGUGACAAUGUAGAAAACUGGGCCAGAAAGUUUCCUUUUGUGUGUUGUGUAUAUCUUGACACACAUAUGGAAUAAGUCUUUUGACAUUUUCCUUUAGAGAAGUGAGUAACAGGAAAACUAGUACUUCCCUGAUUCAAGUUUUAAGAAAUGAGAUUCCGACUGAACAUCAGGAAGACCUUUAUGACAGUAAACGCUGUCCGACAGUGGAACACACUCCUAUGAGAGGUGGUCAACUCUCCUUUCUUGGAGGUUUUUAAGCAGAGGUUGGGGGGCCACCUGUAAUGUAUGAUCUAGUUGAGAUUUGCAGGGGGGUGUCGACUAGAUGACCCUCAGGGUCACUUCCAACUCUACAGUUCUAUGGUUUUGUGAUUGCAAAUAUUUGUAUACAAGCAUGCUUUGAUGCGGCCUGGUUAAUCUCAUUACUUAACCCCAAAGCACCAGGAAAAGUCUCACAAAAUCAGUAGGUCUUCCUUUUGAGCAAACAUGCUUCUUGGGACAUAAAUUCUGAGAGGUGCCGGUGAAGAAACAAGUGAUUCUGAAAGAUCAAAGCUUCUCAUCAUGUUUUGUUGGAAACUAAUAAUAACCAGCAGAAAUUCACUCUACCAGAACCAAAUGUUGUAGAGUGUGAUUGUGUUAACCAAGUUUAGUGAUAUAUUUAAUUAUAUUUAAGCUGUGCAAAAUAAUGCACAGUCAAAACCAUAUCUCCUCAGAAAUAAGUACUGUUAUAUUAAAUGGGCUUACUUCCAGGAAAGUGGGGUUAAGAUUACAAAUUUACUAAAACAUCCUUCAUGAUAUUUGUUGGAGAUGUUGCCGUUGUUUUUAAAAUGCAUAAUUUACUGAUAUCCAAUCAACCCCACUGCCAAAAAGAUGAAUGAUAACUUGAUUGCAAACCUUUAUGUCUUUUUGACCUGAAUACAAAUUCAUUUGCCCUUUUCAAUGUGUUUUUGUCAAAUGUACAGUGGAAAUAAUGACCUAUGUAUCAUGGAAGAUGAGUGGAUUUCCUAAAAGUCGGGUUAUCGGGAUUGGUUGUAAUCUAGACUCUGCAAGAUUCCAAUACAUUAUUGCAAACCUAUUAAAAGCUCAAAUCAGAGGCAAAGAUAAUUGGAUUAUUGGUGAACAAGGGGAAAACAAAGGUAAAAUGAUUAUUUACUACUUAGCUUACUAUGCAGUUUAGGGUACCACAUGUGUACUUUAUAUCAGGAGAUAAUUUCAGAAAACAUUGUGAUUACUUUAUUUUUUUAAUAGAAGUACUGUACAUGGAGAUAUUUCAGUUUAAAUUGCUGUUAUUUAUUUAAUGGAUAGCCAAGACAAGAAGUUUGUGGUUCUGUUCCAGAGACAGCUUCUCCAAUUCUAUAUUUAAUGCUUACACUGCAUUGCGGUGGUGGAUGCUUUGUCACUGAAUUCUCAUGCAGUUUCUUUGUCUUCUCUGUUGGGUUAUUGCACAUUCUGUGUUUUCUGUACAUCUGUGAGUUAUGUACUCCUCUGAAUAGAAUCCUACAAUUGGUCUCUUUAAAAGCAAAAUGGAAAGCACACACUCUACAGAGAAAUUAUUCCUGAGAUAAAAAUGCAAAUGUUUAAAAACAACAUUGAUUGUAAUUUUAUCCUAUUCAGUGGCAGCAUGGAGUGCUUCUAAUUCAGUGACAAGUCAUCAGGAUGAAGAUAUAGCAAAUCAAAAUGCCCAGCAUCUCUUAGCUAACAGGUAAAACACUUAGACAUGAGGCAGCACUAUCAGAAGUAAGUCCCAUUGAGUUAACUGGGACUUAUUCCAAUAUAAAUUGAUAUAGGAAUGCAGCCUAAUUCUGAAUUUCAAUUUACACCCUAGUUACAUGAUAUGAAAGGGAAGUCUUCAUUACUGACCUAUUAAACCCCAUUUUUAUUUGAAUACGUUUUGAUAUAAAAGGCCUCAAAUUCUAGUUGAAGUCUUAUCUGUGCUAUUCUUAAAAUAUGUAUACUUUACUCAGGGUCUUGUACCUAAGAAAGUAGCCCACUCUAGACAGCUAACACCUCAUAAACCUUGAUGUAGUGACUAAGGAUGUUGGGAGGGGACAGACACAAGCGUGGCAAAUUCCUUACACACGCUUUGCUGCUAGUCAUAAAAUUAGCAACAAGUAAUGUAGUUAGCCUCUGCUUGGCUCAAGACCUGUUGCCAUGAAAAUGUAAUCUAUAUGUAACCAUUUUGCUGUAACCUUUUGAUUGGUCGAAAGCCAUCACAUGCAUUCUGAUGGUUUGUUCUUGGCUUCCCAUUUGUGUUUUGUCUGAGGCAGACAAACCAUGAGUCUGGGUUCAGAUGCAGUACGAAGCCAAACAAACCAUAGUUUUGCAUGGCAUAGCUAGUGUGGAAGUAGGACAAUCAUGGGAGGAGCAAAGCGGCUGCAUUUUUUUUACUGCAAGUACCCUCAUGCUUGCUUGUUCACAUUUAGACAGUUUGGCUAGCACAUGUGAACAAGGCCACUACAAAAAUGUGUAGCAUGCUUGUUGAUAUACAAGUGUGACGUACAGAAAUUAUAAAGGGGGCAUAUUGCUUGCUAAAAAAGUGCGUUGUAAAUCCUGAUUCUUUUGCUUUUAUAUAGAGCCAUGGAAGUUCUGAAAGGAAGAGGCCAAAAAUCCUGGUCUGUUGGUCUGUCAAUAGCUGACCUGGCAGACAGUAUAUUGAAUGAUAAAAGGAAAGUACAUUCCAUAUCAACAAUGUUGAAGGUAAACACAGAACUGAUCUGAUUUUGCUUUUAUAGAAUAGAGGAAACAUUAACCUGUGGGUCCCAGGAAUUCUAAUAUAUCCAAUACUAUGUUUUGCCUUUUCUAGGGAUGUUACAAUAUAAACUCUGAAGUAUUUUUAAGUGUGCCUUGUGUGCUUGGAAUUAGUGGAGUGACUGAAGUCAUCAAACUGCUGGAUAAAGGUACUGUGGCACAGGAGCUUCAGUCCACAGCUGCCUCGAUUCAUGAUCUUCAACAGCAGCUGAAACUCUGAAUACCAGCUAGGCAUAACUUGGUCUCUAAGAUAUUUGAGAGUUGCAGAAAAGACACUAUUGCCUAGGUGGCUGCUAAAAAAAGAAUACCUCACAAUGUUUAAGCUUUGCUGAAUUUGGUGUAUAUUUAAUUAUAGGGCAUGCUAAAGACCAUUUGUCAAUGACACUCUUAUAAUAAAAAUGAUUAGGCAAAAUAGGGUGGAAAUAUGUAACAUAAAACUUAAUUUUCCAAACUUUCUAGAUCAUGGGUUGUCUUUUUGCUGGAUUUUGUACUCUUGGUUGUUAAAUUACUAGCUGUAGUAAUAAGAAAAAACAGUAUCUCUUAUUUUUCCUAUAUUGAAUGCACAACACUAUAAUCACCACCAGCCCACUUCCUUUUCAAAGUUGCUGUAAAUUUGCUGACAAGAGGUAUCUUUUCAAUCAGAGUGACUAUUGUUUUGCCAUAGGCAUUGCCAUCUUGUAUUUACUAUAGCGAACCAGUCUUGUAUAUAUAUUACACAUCGCUAAAGUCUAAACAUAGAUGGCCCAGCAGCAAGGUAUUGCCUAAAAUUAAGGGUCCAUGCUUCAGCCAAUAAUUCAGACAAUUUAUAACAAUGUUUCCACCAGCAAUUCAUUUGAAGCUGAAAUUUUGGGCAUUGCGGAUGAAUUCUAUUUGCCUAGCCUUAAUGUGCCGGAAAAUAUUUUUCUGAACUUUUUGUAUGAAUCACCCAAAGAUUUAGAUAUUGAUUGGGGGGGAUAUAUAAAAAAGAACCCAGCGCUGUUACCUUGCUGCAGUAUAUAAAAUGUGCAUAGUUGUAUGGUCUUCUUAAAGGCACUUUGGCCAAAAUCCAUCCAAGAGACUUGAGGUUCUGUGUGUUCACAUCCUCCUUCCUGCUGCAGGUUCUCGUAGCCCCUGAAAAGCCCCUCUGAAUGUUGGAGUACCCUCCAGUGCAGCUUGUGAAUGAAGCAGCCGGGUGGAGCAGGAAAUCUUUUGUUUCCCAUGUGCACACAUUAGUGCUUUUGGCUCACAUGGGAGGGCGUACUGGGUUCUGUACAAGAUUUAUAAAUUGAAUUAUAUAGGCACUUUAUAUGGGGAGGACAUUAUAGAAUACAGUAAGGCACAGCUAGUCACCAUGGUUUAAAUGAAAUGCUCCCUUUAUUCAGAAUUUUUAAAAAGCUGAUUCUUCUCCCUUUCCACUCUACCACGCCUUAAAAUAUAAUAGAUGAGAAAAUAGUUAUUGGAUAGUGUUAGCCAAUACUAUUCCCAGGAUCUAAAUGGUGAUUUAUGAACUUAGGGUAAAGAGGAGGUGGAGUAAUUUUUAUUUCUAUCUAAUGAAGUAAUCUGUUUUUAUUUGGUCUUUUGUUAAAAUAAUUGUGACUUGGCCUGAGUCCUUAGGACAGGAUGGGAAGAAAAACUGAAUGAAUGCACUGCUCAAUGUUAUGCACUGAUAAGGCUUAGUAUGUUUGGUGUCAUCAGUUGUAACACUGCAACAAGCUUUAAGCACUACCAGAUAUAUAGACUAAACAGUCUAAUGAUAGUAUAUAUAGAUUUUGUACUCAGGUAUGAUUGCAAUGAAUUUUUGCUUUUUUCUUUGCAUUAUAUAUUUAAGCAAGUGCUAUAUGGAAAAACACUGUGAUGUGUAAUGUUAAUAAAACGUUUAUUAACUUUU